AUGGCCUCUACUCUUUCACGCAUGGAAUUCGGAAAAAGUUGCGAAGAACGAUUUAACGGCUUUCUAAGGGACGUUUUACGCGCUCGUGACGAUUUGAGUUGGAUAGAUCAGGUCGCGUACCAGAUGCACUCCACAAAAUUAUUUCGCGCUAAGCCGAAUCUAGAGGAAAAGUUGGGAAGCAUGUUCUUCAACAGCGAACAACGAGUAUGGACUCCGCAAAAAUAUACGAACGCCAUUAUUCCCAAGCGUUAUAGAAGGCAUUCGAAGCAAACAGAGGAGUCUUUAGCGAGCGGCAAUGUUGCAUCGCGUGCGCGCGGUGAAAACGUGUUGGCAAAUAAAAAAAAUUCAAAUUCCCCGAAGCGCGAGUACAAUGCUGGCUCGCUGCUUCAGCGAAAUUUCAGCUCCGCAAUGAAGUCCGCACAAAAGAUUCGGACGAAGAAUGGAACGGCAGCGACGGCAGACCCACUCGAGAAAAUCCUACAAUUGAUAAAUGUUUUCCCCGUGGAGGAUGAUCGCGACGCACUGGGCGCGCUCGCAUUUGGCGAUGACGCUGCACAAAAUCAUUUUCAAUCGGGGCUAUCCAGGCAUCAAACUGCGGGGCCAUCCUCGAGUAACGAGUCUUUUCGCGAGAACCAUUCCGGAAUGCGAAGGUCAUUGAAAUCCUCGGCACCGGACGCCGAUGCAGUUGCAAAUAUCAACUUGGAUUUAUCUCGAUCCGAGGAUACAAGAGCUGCAAGUGGAGAUUUGGCUAGGGAAAUUGUGGAUGCGAUAUUUAAUAAAGUUCGACUUAAAGCCAGACAAGGAUUCAACGUGCCUAUUUCUCAGUUUUAUACACUUUCGAUGAACUCGAAACUGGUUGACGACCCCAAGCGAGGAACAACAAAUUUAGUACCGAGAUUAGAGAGACUGCAAUCGAUAACGGACGAAAAUCAAAUCUUUCCAAAGAAAAUAAUGGCAUUUGUUCAGCAACUGAUUACCGAGGAAGCAGCCAAAAAGUCUUGUGCUACGCUGAAACCAGAACUUUAUGACUUUUUAGAAUGGCUCAUCGAUAACGACCUGGAUAACGAUGAAAACGUUAAUCUAUUGGGAGAGAAUGUAAACAGUAUUAUAGAAAAUAAACCUACGAAAAAUAACUCCAUUGUCAACUUGGGUGAAUGGUACGAAAAAGCUCAGAGUUUGAAACACUUAUUGAAUGAAUAUGACGGACUUUCUAAGAAACAGAAGAUUAAAGUUCAAGCUAUUUACGAGUACUUGGCUUCAAGAUUUGAAUUCGUAGAGGCCUACAUCAAAGCUUUCGAAGCACAUGAAAUAUCAGUAGAUCAGUUGCUUAGAAUACGAAUCGAUUAA